CUGUCCUGGCAGAAUGGCAGAUAUAGCAGAUUUUAAUGAUUAAUGUUUUUAAUGUUUUAAUGUUUGUGUAUAUUUAUAAUUAUUUUAUGUCCCGGCAUGUGCCCUGAGUCCCCUUCGGAAUAUUAUAUUAUUUAUUAUUUAUUUACAUAAAUAAUAAAUCACUGAGAUCCAGCUGGGAGUCCUCCCGUCCAGCAGGGGUCGCUGUGGCGCGCCGGGACUUUGGCGGAAAGGAGCCUGGGAAUGAGACAGGCCGAGCCAUGGCGUGGGCUGGAGGCUGAGCUGAGCCGGGACGAGCGCGGGAGAGGCGUCUGCACAGAUGCCGUGAGCGGGCGCCAUGGCGGAGGAGUGGGCCCCGCAGCUGGUGGACUACUUCGUGGUGGCCGGCCUGGCGGAGACCUCCAAGCCGCUGGAGGAUGAGGGUCAGCCGCCGCCGCGCCCGGCCCGGCCCAGCGAGCCCAUCGUGGACGUGGCGGUCAUCGUCCGCUCCCAGGGCGAGGAGGUGCCCCACGGCUUCACCUGCAUCGACCGCACGGCCGGCGGGCACCCCGUGGAGCUCAGCGCCGGGCUCCUCAACAACCCCCAGAUGUUCCUCUGCUACCGGAGGGGCCGGGACAAGCCCCCCAUCGUGGAGUUGGGGGUGCACUACGACGGGAAGGACCGCCCCAAGCCCGGCUUCAAGGUGGUGGACACGACCCCCUACAGCCACUCAGCCAACCUGGCCUCCGGGAGCCCCGGACACCAGCGCACCUUCUUGACGUACCGGCGCGCCACCGAGGGCCAGGCCCACAGCACCCUGGGCAUCACGGACAUUUGCCUCAUCAUGCCCAGCAAAGGGGAGAGCACCCCGCACACCUUCUGCCGCGUAGACCGCAACCUCAACGCCGGGAUGUGGGGCCCUGCCCUCUUCAUCUGCUACAAGGUGGCCUUGGCCAAAGGGAACACCCUGGUUUACGAAGCAGGUCUCCUCAGCCGCUAUCCAAAGGAGGACAACGAGGCGUUCCCGUUGCCCGAGUCCGUGCCUGUGUUUUGCUUGCCCAUGGGGGCCACCAUCGAGAGCUGGCCGGCCGACAGCAAAUACCAGCUUCCCGUCUUCUCCACCUUCGUGUUGACCGGCGCCUCUGGGGACAAGGUCUAUGGCGCGGCCAUCCAGUUCUACGAGUCCUUCCCUCGCGAGUGCCUCUCCGAGCGCCAGUGCCUGCGGCUGAACCUUCUGACCGUGGUCGACCGGCGUCCCAUCACCAGCAAGUCGGUGCAGACGCGUAAGAGCAUCUGUCUCCUCUCCCACUGGCCUUUCUUUGACGUCUUUCGCAAGUUCCUCACUUUCCUCUACCGCUACAGUAUCUCGGGACCUCAUGUGCUGCCGCUCGAGGCGCACAUCUCUCAUUUCAUGCACAAUGUUCCCUUCCCGUCUCCGCAGCGGCCCCGGAUCCUCGUUCAGAUGUCUCCCUAUGAUAAUUUGCUCCUGUGUCAACCAGUCUCUUCUCCGCUACCUCUAAGUGGCGCCAGUUUCCUCACUCUACUGCAGACUCUGGGCCCCGAAAACGCCGUCGCUCUUCUGGUUGCCGUUCUCACGGAGCAGAAGUUGCUAAUCCAUUCCUUGCGGCAGGACGUCUUGACCAGCGUAGGUGAAGCCUUGGUCUCGGUGAUCUUCCCUCUCCGUUGGCAAUGCCCCUACAUCCCGCUGUGCCCGCUCACAUUGGCCGACGUGCUCUGCGCCCCGGUGCCCUUCAUCGUGGGCGUCCACUCCAGCUAUUUUGACCUCCAUGACCCCCCACAUGACGUCAUCUGCGUCGAUUUGGACACCAACACCAUCUUCCAAUGCGAGGAACGGAAGUUGCUGUCGCCACGGUCGCUGCCCCGGAAACCAUGCAAGGUGCUCUUGGCGUCCCUGAACUCCCAGUACCAGCAACUGGAUGAGAUGUACAAUAGACCGGUGGAAGAAGCCACCCUGGAAUUCCUGCUGACUGAUUACGACCUCAUCUACGGGCGCCGGAAGCAGCUGGAACUGGACAUCCAAGGGGCCUUCCUCCGCUUCAUGGCUUGCCUCUUAAAGGGGUACCGCUCCUACCUCUUGCCUAUCACCCAGGCUCCCUCUGAAAAGACCCGCGACUCCAGCAGCCUCUUCUAUCUACAGGGCUUCCUGAAAUCCCGAGAUCGCGCCUACCACAAGUUCUACGGUCAGCUCUUGCGUACCCAGCUCUUCACACAGUUCAUCGAGGAGUGUUCCUUCGUCAGCGACCGGCACACUUGCCUGGAAUUCUUCGACUCCUGCGUUGAGAAGGUGCAGGUGGACCUGGAGAAACCUGAGGAAUUGCCCCUGAUUGAACUGGACGACACGCACGGCAGUGAGCAUACCGUUUUCAUCAUGCCUCCUGAAGAGCCCACCGGACCCAAUGGCACCGAACUGCCACCCCGAUACCAGUAUGAUGGCUUCCCAAAGCUACAGCCCAAACUCUUUGAGCGGCCGCAGGACCAGCUUAUGCCUUCACUCUGCCAAGCCCGGAGUAGCGCUCCCAGCAGCCCCGCACCUCGCAGGACCAAACAGGAAAUGAAGGUGGCUCAGCGGGUAGCACAGAAGUAUUCCUCUGUGCCAGAUAUGUGGGCCAAGUGUUUGCUGGGACACUGCUACGGUUUGUGGUUCAUUACGCUCCCCACCUACGUGCGUGCCGCCCCAUCGAAGGUCCGGGCGCUUCAGACGGCAUAUGAGGUGCUCAAACAAAUGGAGACCAAGAAGGUGGUUCUGCCUGAUGAGGUUUGCUACCGGAUCCUGAUGCAGCUGUGCGGACAGUACGGUGAACCCAUCCUCUCGGUCCGAGUGUUGCUCGAGAUGAAACGAGCCGGCAUUGUACCCAACACCAUCACUUACGGCUACUACAACAAGGCCAUUUUGGAGUGCAAGUGGCCAUCCACAACCCAAGGUGGACGCCUGCGUUGGGCCAAGUUGCGUAACGUGGUGCUGGGGGCUGCGCAAUUCCGACAGCCAUUGCGUCAGAGGCAGCGCGAUGCAGAAUCACAGAGUAUCGGCACCCGGUCAGAGGGCCGAGGCACAAAAGCAUCCAGUUCCCGGUCCCGUUCCAAUCUGCACCGGCAGACCACUUGGUCCGGGGGCAGCUUGACUGAGACCCUCCCCGGCACAUCUCUGGUGAAGAGCGGCAGCCUCAGUUUCCCUCAGCGCGAAUCGGAAGCUGGAGCAACCCCAGCAACUAAAGUUUUGGCUGAUCCUCCCGGCGGAAGCAGCGAGACCCUCCCCGCUUUGCCCGUUUGGCUACGAGGCCGAAGGGAUGGACCUGGAAGCUCAGAGGAGGGCAGUCUCUCAGACGUCAGCAGCUUCCUGACAGACGAGAGUGACCGCUUGACCCUGAGUAGUGUGGACACCCAGCCCGGUUCAGGACAGCAAGAGCGGUCCUCUUCGGAAACCCGGGGCCUGGGGGGCACGCCGCGCCGGAGCCUGUCCGCCAAACUUCACCAGCUACUGCUGUCGCCCAUCAAGCGGCCAUCGCUGAGGAACGCCACUGCGACCACCACUGCGGAACAUCCGCACCCGCGUCCCGGGUCAGAGCAGCGUGAUCUCCCCCCUCGCCGUAGCCCACUGGAGAGCCACUUGCUACUUCCUCGCGAACGUCCGGGUUCCACAGCCUCUGAGAGCUCCGUGUCCCUGGGCAGCGAAUACGAUCUCUCAGAUAACUCUGUCUGCAGCUUCAACCUCCGCAAAUCCAGUGACCAGCUUUCGGAGUCUCCAGCAGUUAAGGUGCUGCUUUCGAGCUGCUCGCGGUGCCAGGCCUGUGACUCACUGGUUUACGACGAAGAGAUCAUGGCGGGAUGGAGCUCCGAUGACUCCAACCUCAACACCACUUGCCCCUUCUGCGCCCGGCCUUUUGUGCCCUUUCUCAACAUUGAGAUCCAGGACUUCCAGGUUGCCGCCAGCGUUGCGGAGAGUUCGGAUGCCAGUUCGGUUUCCUCCGAUUGGCCGCGGGAUAGCGAAGGGCCCGCCCCCGGCAGCCAGGGCCCCGUCCUGAGUGACCGCCAACACUGCCUGUCGCUGGACGAGGUCGAGCCGGAACCCGGACGCGACUCCCGAGCGCCCUUAUGCAAUGGUUUCGCAGAGUCACCGGUCCCGCAGGUGCCGGCGUACCGCGUGGAGCACCUGGCCUUUGCCUACCUGAGUCCGCUGGUCCUGCGCAAGGAGCUGGAGACCUUGCUGGAGAAUGAGGGAGGGGAGUUCUUCUCCCAGCCGGAACUGGUGGACAACCACCCCAUCAUCUACUGGAACCUGGUCUGGUAUUUCCAGCGCUUGGGGCUGCCCACCAGCCUCCCCCAGCUCCUCCUGGCCUCCAAGCACGUCCAGGCCGCCUCCCAGAGUCCCACCCAGGAAGGGGCCCUUGUGAGCGUGCAUUUGCUGUGGGACGUCUUGACCCCGGAUCCGGACAGCUUCCCCCCACUCUACAUCCUUUGGAGGUUCCACAGCAACAUCUCGACGCGGCUACAAUCCUGGCGGCGGCACAACCACCCCUUUUCCCUCGCUUUUCUGGAGGCCGUCCUGAGCUCCGUGGGGCUGGGAGAGGUGCACAAGGCCAUCGCCCUCUUUUUGGAGACCCUGGCCGGGCAGCCCAGCCCCAUCCACAUACAGAGGAGCAUUUACCGGGAGAUCCUGUUUCUCAAGCUGGCAGCCUUGGGCAGAGACCACGUCGAUCUGGCUGACUUUGACAAGAAAUACAAGUCCGCCUUCUCCAAGCUGGCCGGCAGCAUGGGCAAGGAGUCGCUGAAGCAGCGGAGGGCUCAGCCCCCCACUUCGAAGGCCAUCGACUGCCGGAAGAGCUUUGGGGCCAACCUGGAAUGCUAGCCGGAGUGGAAGGGGGGCUCCGCUCGUUCCCGUCACCUCCCGUCCGCCCACAUCCUCUCUUUUGCCCCCUAAAAUCACAGCGAGAUAGGAAAUAAUUCCAGGACAGAACUGGAGCUCAUACCAAAUUCGGGCAGGAGGCGGUCGGCCCACGAUUUCCGGGGGACCCCAUUUUCUUUAGGGGGCAAAACUGGAAAAGUUGUAGGGUGCGAGACAACAGACCGUUCAAAGGGGGUGGUCUUCCCACUCUAGGGCCAAUUGGCAUGGUCAAACUUUCCGCCAUCCUUAUUAAUAUCCUUUGGGGGAUGAAACUAGAAAUAGGGUGAUAGACCCCGAACCGGUUUGUGGGUCCCAUUCCUGCAAGAAAAGGGGAACAGGAAGGGGUAGAUCCCGGACCAAUGUUGGGGUCCCCUCAUUCUUAUACGGUUUCCCAUCCAACCAAGAAAAGAGGGGUCCCGUUGGCAUAGUGAGUGGGUCUCAAGGUCCACGUUUUGGGGAAACAGAUGUCCAUUUGGGGGACACAACGGGGAAGCAGGGAAUUGGUAGGCCGAGAGAGUCCAUUACGGGACACAACUGGGAGCAGGGAAUUGGUAGGGUGAGAGUCCAUUAUGGGGCACAACUGGGAGCAGGGAAUUGUAGGGCGAGAGAGUCCAUUACUGGAUACAACUGGGAGCAGGGAAUUGGUAGGGCGAGAGAGUCCAUUACGGGAUACAACUGGGAGCAGGGAACUGGUAGGGCGAGAGAGUCCAUUACGGGAUACAACUAGGAGCAGGGAAUUGGUAGGGCGAGAGAGUCCAUUACUGGAUACAACUGGGAGCAGGGAAUUGGUAGGGCGAGAGAGUCCAUUACGGGAUACAACUGGGAGCAGGGAAUUGGUAGGGCGAGAGAGUCCAUUACGGGAUACAACUGGGAACAGGGAACUGGUAGGGUGAGAGAGUCCAUUACGGGAUACAACUAGGAGCAGGGAAUUGGUAGGGCGAGAGAGUCCAUUACAGGAUACAACUGGGAGCAGGAAAUUGGUAGGGCGAGAGAGUCCAUUACGGGAUACAACUAGGAGCAGGGAAUUGGUAGGGCGAGAGAGUCCAUUACGGGAUACAACUGGGAGCAGGAAAUUGGUAGGGCAAGAGAGUCCAUUACGGGAUACAACUGAGAGCAGGGAAUUGGUAGGGCGAGAGAGUCCAUUAUGGGAUACAACUGGGAGCAGGGAGAUGAUAGUGUGAGAAGCCUAUCGGGGGACACAACUGUGACCAGGGAAUUAGUACGGUGAGCGAGCCCAAUUCUUGGAGGGAUCCCGCAUCCAAUUCUUGGAGGGAUCCCGCAUCCAAUUCUUGGAGGCAUCUCGCAUCCAAUUCUUGGAGGCAUCUCGCAUCCAAUUCUUGGAGGGAUCUCGCAUCCAAUUUUUGGAGGGAUCUUGCAUCCAAUUCUUGGAGGGAUCUUGCAUCCAAUUCUUGGAGGGAUCUCGCAUCCAAUUCUUGGAGGGAUCUCGCAUCCUAUUAUUGGAGGGAUCUCGCAUCCAAUUCUUGGAGGGAUCUCGCAUCCUAUUAUUGGAGGGAUCUCGCAUCCAAUUCUUGGAGGGAUCCCGCAUCCAAUUCUUGGAGGGAUCUCGCAUCCAAUUCUUGGAAGGAUCCUGCAUCUCACCAAGAAAAGGGGGAAGUCUCAAUUGGCACAGCGGGUCUCGAGACCCUCAUUUCCUUUGGAGGGACAAAACUGGAAAUUUGGAAUUGUAGAAUGACAGUCCGGACUGAUCUAUGCUCCCCGUACAGACACUACUCCAUCCUACCAAAAAAAACGGGGGUCCCAUUGGCACAGCGGAGGAGAGGUUAUUUUAUCUGAGAGAGACCCUGGACCGGUCUGUUGUCCCCCCCCCUCGAUGUUUCCCACCCAGAAAAGAGACCCUGCCCUCUCUCUAUAUAAUGGAAUAGAGUUUGGAUGAAUCUACAGGUCCCCCCCGUCCUUGGAGGUUCCCUCAUUUCAUGGGAAAAGGGGGUCCCGUGGGUACCGGUGGGGGGUCUCGUGGACCGCAUUUCGGGGUGCCGAUUUUAGAGUUGCCCACUCUUGUCUUGGCAAUGCACUUUGCAUGCGACACCCGGGCACAAUCCCCACGACCCCGCGUGCCUCCCAUCCCGCCGGAACCCCGUAUGUGUCCGUCCCCGUCCCCCCCUUUUUUUGGACCGUGUGUCCCUUUUUGGUGGAUGUUUCAUCCAUUCGCCCGUCCGUCCAGCACCAACCCAAAACCAUCCGGGAGAAGAGAGAGCCCCAUAGAAAGCGGGGUGCCCCACACUUUCCCUGCGACAACCCUAACACACGCAUACACUUGUUGCCAAGUUGGAUUAUAUUUUUCCCGUCGCUGUUUUCGAGGCGAAGAAGAAGAAAAGCUGUUUUAUAUUUUAUUUAUUUUGCGUCGGUAUCCCACUCUUUCGAGCAGAAAGGACCGAUUCCUGCAGUGCCCAGAAUCCACCCAUCCAGCAUGGCUGAUAAAAAGGGGAGUUUUGAGAAUUGUUACCCCAUAAAGAACGAAAAAAUUGGAGCUCUGGAAGAGGGUUCGAUCUUGUUCUUCCAUCCCAUUGCGUUCAUGCCACCCCAACUCGUUGCCAAGACUGAUUUGCCCCCGUUUCUUCGAUAACGAAGCAGAAAGGGGAAAGAAGGGGCUUGUGCGGUUUCUUUGGUCUCCUCAGGGCUCGAAUUGUGCAAUACGGAGUCAACCUCCAUCACGCCUCUCUUCCACUUGUUCUGUUGUUCUUUCUUUCUUUUCCUCGUUCGGUCUGUUCCUUUGUUGGUUCGUUCGUUUCCGACGUUCCCGGUUCUGUAAAUAAAGAUGCUUCUGUAUUUUC